UAUGACGAGUCAGGCAUAGCUCUCAGCUGCAUUUGCAGGUGACUCAGGGUUGAAUUUGAAACCUAUAAAUUGGAAUUUGGUUUCUCGUUUCUGAGCGCAGGAGCUACAAAUUCCCGUAUGUUCAGCUGAUACACCGACGUUCCAACUUUCAAGGUUUUUGCGAGGAGGCGGCGUUGUCGUUUCGUCGCCGUCGCCCAAGGCGGAGCCGAAGCUGCUAACAAUUUCAAUCUGCUGACUUUGGGGGGAAGGCGGCGGCGCAUCGUUAAUCCAUCACCAAACCUCUGGCUCUCAUCACAUUCCGAGAACUUCCGCCCAAUUGGCGGAGUUCGAUCAUCAUCAGGGUUUCCAGCUCUCUUCUUAAGUUUAUCCUAUCUCUCUGAUUCUCAAUCCGUCUGUGUUUUCAACUGCGCUAUUGCCCAUAACUAGGAUGGGUAGGCCGAAGGGAGAGGGAGGUAGAAGCAAGGCUAGACCUUCAAGCAGCAGUUUGGCAGCGUCACUUCUGCCAUCGGAUUCUGCCGCCAACGCUGCUGGAUUCGGCGGCUUUAUUGGUAGUUACCGGCUGGAUUCCUCUCUCGCCGGGGAUGAUGCAGCACCUUUUUCGGAUAUUGAUAGUGAAGUUGCACAGCACUUAAAGAGGCUUUCGAGGAAGGACCCUAUUACGAAGCUCAAAGCAUUGGCAUCUUUGUCAGAGCUUCUUAAGCAGAAGUCUGGGAAAGACGUUGCAUCAAUUAUUCCACAAUGGGUUUUUGAAUACAAGAAACUAUUGAUGGAUUAUAAUAGGGAUGUCCGACGUGCUACACAUGACACAAUGACCAAUCUUGUAAUUGCUGCUGGGAGAGAUAUAGCUCCGCAUCUGAAAUCUUUGAUGGGGCCAUGGUGGUUUUCUCAGUUUGAUUCAGUUUCUGAAGUCUCUCAAAGUGCAAUGCAAUCAUUGCAGGCAGCAUUUCCUGCUCAGGAAAAGAGAGUAGAUGCUUUAAUUUUAUGUACAACUGAGAUAUUUAUGUACCUGGAGGAAAACUUGAAGCUCACACCAGGUACAUUGUCGGAUAAAGCAGUUGCCAAGGAUGAAUUGGAAGAGAUGCACCAGCAGGUUAUAUCUUCAUCAUUGCUUGCAUUGGCCACAUUAAUUGAUGUGUUGGUAGCUCGGUCUGAAAGAUCAGAGACUGGGAAAGGCAGUGGUGAAACAAAGCAUGCUUCCAAGUCUAGGGAGACCGCUAUUUCAUUUGCUGAAAAAUUGUUCACUGAGCAUAAAUACUUUAUAGACCUGUUGAAUUCCAAAAGUCCUAUUAUCCGAUCUGCUACUUAUUCAGUCUUAAGGAGCCUUGUCAAAAAUAUCCCUCAUGCUUUUAAGGAACAAAACAUGAAAACUAUUGCCGGUUCUAUUCUAGGUGCUUUUCAGGAGAAAGAUCCUUCUUGCCAUUCAUCAAUGUGGGAUACAGUGUUACUUUUUUCUAAAAGACUGCCCAACUGUUGGAAUUAUGUGAAUGUUCAGAAAACUGUACUGAAUAGGUUUUGGAAUUUUCUUAGAAAUGGGUGCUUUGGAUCCCAGCAGAUUUCUUACCCAGCUUUGAUUUUAUUUUUGGACACUGUCCCACCUAGUGCCGUAGCAGGGGAGAAAUUUCUUCUCGAAUUUUUUCAGAACUUAUGGGUUGGAAGGAACCCAUUCCAUUCCUCAAAUGCAGAAAGGCUAGCAUUUUUCCAGGCUUUUAAAGAAUGUUUUCUUUGGGGGCUACGUAAUGCAUCAAGGUUCUGCAAUGGAGACAAUUCGCCUCAAUUUCAAGUCACCCUCGUUGAUGUCAUUCUUGUUAAGCUUUUAUGGGAGGAUUACUUACAUGUUCAAUGUCUAAAGAAUCAAGAUAUGGCCUUGUCUGAAGAUGCAUCCUUGAAUAACAAGAGGACAGCAGAAAUAUCAAGUACAAAGUAUCCAAUGAGCUACUUACAAGAUUUGAGAAAAUGCAUUGUUGAAGUUCUAUCUGGCAUCCAUUUAGUGAAACAGGAUCUACUUUCGGUCUUUGCUAUGGAAUUUCAAAAGAGUUGUAUUAGUAUGUUCCAGUUGACAGAGAAUAUGGAAGUAGCCUCAAAAACAAUAGAACAGAUAAUAGGAUUUAUACUAGAAUUGGAGCAACUUUCUAUGGACAAGGAUGAUACCUGGCCCUUGGUUCUCUUGGUUGGACCAACGCUGGCUAAUACUUUCCCAAUCAUAAAAUCACUUGACUCUUCAGAUGGUGUGAGACUUCUAUCUGCUGCUGUUUCUGUUUUUGGACCUCGCAAGAUUAUUCAUGAACUAUUUAUACAUAAUAAUGGGAUGUCCUCUACUCAUUUUUCUGGUGUUGAGGGCCAAGAUCUGGAAGCAAGGCAAUUCAUGCAAUUAUUUAAUGAAAUUUUUGUUCCUUGGUGUUUGCAAGGAAAUAAUAGCUCUGCUAGUGCUCGAUUAGAUCUGUUGCUUGCACUAAUUGAUGAUGAACAUUUGUCCGAGCAAUGGCAUUCGGUUAUCAGUUACUCAACUAAUCUAGACCAUCCUGGAAAUGUGCUCGAGUCCAUGAACUCAGAAAGUUUAGCCAUGUUGGCAAAGCUUUUAGACAGAGCAAGAGGAAAAAUUACACACAAUGAUUCAAGAAAGGUCACCAAUACCUGGCAGAAGGCUAACCUUGGGAACUGGCAUCAUGAGCACUUGGACUCUGCUGCUGUUGCCAUAGCCCAAUCCCAUGCUCCCUUGAAAAGUUCAUUUACAGAUUUUUUAUGUGCUGUUUUGGGUGGUUCUGUACAGAGUGACUGCUCUUCUUUUGUGUCAAGAAAUGGAUUGACCGCUAUACUUGAGGCAGUAUUUCAGAAAUUAGCUAGUUUCUUAUCGCAGUCUCCUUUAAUUUGGGCAAGAAAUUCUAGUUCUUUAUUGAUAGCUAGGCCAGGAAAUUCUUUCCUCAAUUCCACAAGUUAUUCAGAUGCUGUUGCGAUGGCACAUUUUGCUUUAGAAGUACUUGACCGCUGCACCUUUUGCUUACACAACCUAGGUGAAGAAAAUUUUCUACUUCCUAGUAUUUUAGCUGCCUUAUAUGCUAUUGACUGGGAUUGUAGUAUAGAAGGAAGACAAGAUGAUAUGCUUGAUGAAAAAUUUAUGGAAGAAAGAAGUGCAAGGUUGCUUUUCGGUAAAUGUGUGCAUGCCCUACGUCAAAAGAUAACAGACCAAUUUUGGAAGAGCUGUGGUACACACAACAGAAAAAAGUAUGGAAGUAUCUUGAUUCAAUUUAUUAGGUCUGCCAUCUUCAAUGAAGAUACUGAAGAAGUCGUGUCUUUGAGCUGCCAGUGGAUGCUUGAAAUUCUGGAUCAAAUUUCUCAGGAUCAUUCAGAGGAGCAAUAUAUGUUAGACCAGCUUUUGAUCAAGAGUGAUACGUGGCCUGUCUGGAUUGCUCCCAACUUCAUGGCCCCGAAUGAAUUGGCUGCUUCAACUAUGAAAAACAUUGGCUUGGAUAUUCACAAAUCUGGAGAUCACAAGCUUAUUUCUUUGGUAAACAUGCUUAUGUCAAAGAUUGGAUUUGAGAAACUUUUUUCUGGUGAAGUUGAAAAUUCUUCUCCUUGCCUUGAUAAGUCAACAAAUAAUGAGGUCAUUUCACGAGCUUGGCUGGUUGCUGAAAUAUUAUGCACAUGGAAGUGGCCAGGGGGUAGUGCUAGAGGCUCUUUCCUUCCUUUACUUUGUGCUUAUGUCAAGAGGAGUUGUUCACAUGAAAGCUUGCUGAAUUCCACCUUCAACAUGUUAUUGGAUGGGGCUCUUCUCUAUGGUAGCAGGGCUGCACGAAGCAUCAUCAAUAUUUGGCCUUAUCCAGUUUCCAUAUUAGAGGAUAUUCAAGAACCAUUCUUGAGAGCCCUUGCAUCUCUUCUUUUCAUUUUGUUAGAAGAGAACAUAUGGGGGAGAGACAAAGCUAGUUCACUGUUUGAGUUGCUUGUUAGUAGACUUUUCAUUGGUGAAGUAGUUAAUAUUGACUGUUUAAGAAUUCUUCCACUGAUUGUGAGUUUUCUUGUUCGUCCAAUGUGUGAAAGAAACUUCACACUUGAUUUUGGUUCAUGCUCUGGAGAUGGCUCUUCGAAGGAAAAUCUUAUUCAAAAUACAGCUGAGGGGUGGCUUCAGAGAGUCCUUUCGUUCCCAUCAUUAAAUGAAUGGCAGGCUGGGCAAGAUAUGGAAGAUUGGCUCUUGUUGGUGAUAUCUUGUUAUCCUUUUAGUAGUUCCAUGGCAGGCUUAACGUUGAAGCUGGACAGGAAUAUAAGCACUGAGGAAAGCAACCUCUUAUUGGAAUUAUUUCAAAAACAGAGAAAAAUAUCCGUUAAAUCACCUGCAGUUAACCAUGCACCAUGGGUACAAAUGUUAUUGUCAGAGCUUAUGGUUGUUUCUGUCGGUUACUGCUGGAAGCAGUUCAAUGAUGAAGAUUGGGAGUUUCUGUUGCUCCAGUUAAUGAGUUGGAUCCAAUCAGCUGUUGUAAUAAUGGAGGAAAUUGCUGAAAGCGUGGAUGAUAUCAUUGUUAAGAGCUCAACGUCUAGGAAUUUGGAUGAAAUCUUAGAAAAGCUUGAGCAAAGUGUUUUGAUUUCAGACCCAGUCCCUUUUUGCAUUUCUAGAAAUGCCCUUUUAUCAUUUUCUUUGUUUGAUGGUUCUUUUGGGCUACAAGGCCUGAAAGAUAUGGAAAGUCUAAACCCCCUGCAAUUAGAUAAAUUGAACCAUGUCAAUGAUCGCAUUGUUGAAGGUAUUCUUCGCAUGUUUUUUUGCACUGGAAUUUCUGAGGCCGUUGCAUGCUCCUGCUGUGAUAAGGCUGCAUCCAUUAUAUCAUCCUCAAGACUUGAACUUCCUUACUUCUGGGACUUGAUAGCUUCAAUUGUUACUAAAUCCUCAAAAGACGCUAGGGAGAGAGCAUUGAAAUCAAUUGAAUUUUGGGGACUCAGUAAAGGACCUGUUAGUUCUUUGUAUGGCAUCCUUUUUUCCCCCAAACCAGUUCCUUCGUUGCAGUAUGCAGCCUAUGUUAUGCUCUCAACCGAACCAAUUUCUUACUCUGCAAUAAUUAGAGAAAAUACUCCUUGCUAUCUGGAUUAUGAUGCCACAACUGAACAAGGCUCCACCCAAGUUGAUUUUUCAUCAGAAUAUAACGUGAUUUUGAAGGAGGAAAUAUCAUGUAUGAUUGAGAAACUCCCUAAUAAUUUUUUUGACAUGGAGUUGAUCGCCCAAGAAAGGGUGAAUAUAUAUCUCGCUUGGUCUUUGUUGUUGUCGCACUUAUGGUCACUGCCGCCAUCCUCACCUUCAAGGGAAAGAUUGGUCCAAUAUAUCCAGAACUCGGCUAGCUCAGGGAUAUUAGAUUGCCUUUUCCAGCAUAUACCUGUUGAAGGUAUGGCUCUUCAGAAGAAGAAAGAUACAGAGCUUCCAGCAGGGCUAUCAGAAGCUUCAACUGCAGCAAACCAAGCCAUUACUAUAGGUUCAUUGUUGUUUUCUGUGGAAUUUCUUUGGCUGGUUGAACCAGUGAAACUGGCGUCUUUUGCUGGAGCAAUUUUUGGCUUGAUGCUUCGUGUUCUUCCUGCUUACGUUCGAGGGUGGUUCAGUGAUCUGCGUGACCGUUCAAAGUCUUCUGCAAUUGAAUCCUUUACAAAAGCAUGGUGCAGUCCUUCUCUCAUUGCAAAUGAAUUGUCCCAGAUAAAGAAAGCUGAAUUUGCUGAUGAAAAUUUCUCAGUUGUUGUAAGUAAAUCAGCCAACGAGGUAAUUGCUACCUAUACUAAAGACGAGACAGGGAUGGACCUAGUAAUUCGCCUUCCUUCAUCAUAUCCACUGAGGCAUGUUGACGUUGAUUGUAUGAGGAGCUUGGGAAUAAGCGAAGUUAAGCAGCGUAAAUGGUUAUUGUCCAUGAUGUCGUUUGUCCGUAACCAGAAUGGUGCUUUAGCAGAAGCAAUAAGAAUAUGGAAGCGUAAUUUUGACAAGGAGUUUGAAGGAGUUGAAGAGUGUCCCAUUUGUUACAGUGUCAUCCACACAGUCAACCACAGCAUUCCUCGCUUGGCUUGCAAGACCUGCAAGCACAAGUUCCAUUCAGCCUGUCUUUAUAAAUGGUUCUCCACUUCACAUAAAUCAACUUGCCCUCUGUGCCAGUCUCCAUUUUAACCCUGGAUUUCAACUGGGCCACUAGUUUUGAAGAUAAUUCUUGCAUCAGCUGCCCAAUAAUGGAGCUCAGGUACACAAUCAGACAUUUAAAGCCGCCUCGUUGGCUGUGCUAACAGUUGAACGCCAUAAAAGAAGAGGGGUUGAACAUAAUUACAAACUCUCCCCUUUGGCACAACACAGCGGAUUAGGAUACGGUUUUCACUUCAAAUAAUGUUCGACUAUUUAUAGUACUUAUUUUCCCCAAGUAUAAUAUAGGCUGGGUAGAGUGAGCUUUCUUAAUUUUUGGAUUUGUAUAUAAUUUAUCUUUUAGGUUUAGUGCAAUAGUUUCAAGCUCUUGAAGUUGGAAUGCUAAAGUUUUGUAUGUCUACCAAUUUUAUUAGUUUACUCUGAUUCUACGAUUCAUUUGUCCAAUGAGAUGUGAGCCUGUAAUUUUGUGUUU